AGCAGUCCUUCAUAUAUUGCGUAUGCUAUAUGUCCUUCAUAAUAGCGGGAACCUGCCGACUGACAAGCCGGUCGUUGCUUAGGGUUUGCAUGCGCUGCCGCGGCUAGCACAAAACGUCAACAGCUAAAUGGGCGGGAGGAGGUCAACCGAGUCCCAGGUCGCCCCGGCAGCCCCAGCAAAGCGCAAAGUCCUCUGUCCCGAGACCACCACCGGCGAGGCGUCCGGCACUCCGCCUACCCACCGCAACAUCCUCAACUCCCCGCGGCCCUCCUGCGACGCCGCAAACGAUACCGCCGUCUCCUCCACCACCUCCCCAGCCGCCCCCUCUCUCAGAUCCCAUGCACCGCCGCCGCCGCCCGCAUCCCAGUCUCCGUCCUCCUUUUGGAGCCGCCUGCUGGGUAGCACUUGCCUGGGUGUUACCUGCGAAGCGGGCGCGGGCUGCAAACCUGACGCCGUCCUUAUAAUGUACAACAAACGCAACGGGCCCAACGAUGAGGAGCCCAUGCGCGUUUCACAGAUCCAGUACUUCCUAUACACCCGACGCUACGGCGCCAACAAGAUAUCGGAUUUCGUUCUUGCUCUUCCGGGUAGCCUUAUCGACUACAAGAAGCAGUUGGCACAAUGCGCGUUCUCCUACAACCUGAAACACGUCUACAUCCUGGCGCACGCGGACCAGCAGGGACGUGUCGUACUCGACUGGGAGCGUGUUUCGCCCGAGGAGCUGCUUGAAGCAACUACUGGUACUACACAGCAACGGAAGCCGUACAACCACCUUAACCGACAAACCCAGCAACAGCCGUACGGCGGUGGACGAAGCACUACGCGUGCCAUUGGCUUACAUUGCUUCGCUCAUCGAGGAUCCUAUUUGGAAGCCCCUGCGAGGCUGCAUGAACGGGUGACCCACGGGUCAUUUGCCGCUGCGGAGGGUGGCUUUGCCGAGCAGUUGGAAGGCCCGCAGCAGUUCGGAUCUGGAUUUGGAUCCAGUUCUGGGCUCGCCGCAUGUGUUUCUCCUUCUUCUCCCGCGUCGCCAGCAGCAGCAGCAGCAGCAGCUGGGUUUUCCAGUGGAUUCGGUUCGUUUGGGUCUUCCGACAGGGCUGCUGCCUCACCGCUGGGCAGCACCUGUCCGCCCUCCGCCUCCACCUCCUCGUUCCUUUACCCCUCCUUCCCACGUGCCAACCUGGGGCCCGUUCGCACGCCCCCUACGGUUCCGACAAGCGGCCCGGGAUCAGGUCCCUGCG